CACUCGCUCUCAUUCCUACACGACUGCAUGUGUGAGAGCUUCUCCACAUGUGUGUGUGUGUGUUGGUGAGACAGCGACUGCAGCGCGGCUUUCAGUGCCGUCAGUGUCUUCCCUCGUGUGUCAGUGAGUGAAGCUCAUCAUGACUACAGUGAAGGAGUCGAGCGCUCCAGUGAAGGCAGCUCCGCACCAAGACCAGGAGUUGGUGGGCAGUAACUCUUCACAGAGGAACUGGAAAGGAAUAUUAAUCGCUCUGCUGGUUAUUCUGAUCAUCUGCUCUCUCAUCGUCACCUCUGUCGUCCUCCUCACACCAGGUGAAGGGGACAAUCUGGCCCUUAAGGAGAAAGUGACAGUAGAGGACAUUUUCAGGAAGGACUUUAGAGUUCAUGACCCAGAAGCUAAAUGGAUCAGCGAUGAGGAGAUUCUGUAUCGCACACGUGAAGGUGACGUGAUGAAGUUUAACGUGGAGAUGAAUGAGAGCACAGUGCUGGUGUCCAACAGGAAGUUUGAAAUGUAUAAGGCCAUCAAGUAUGAGCUUUCUGCAGACCUGAAACAUGUUCUGCUGGCUUAUAACAUGGAACCGUUUUAUCGUCACUCCUUCACUGCAUACUACAUCAUCUGUAGCUUAGAGACUCCGGAAACGUGGAUUCUGACUCCCCCAGAAGUGCGUAACGCUCCUCUGCAGUACGCAGGAUGGGGACCACGAGGACAGCAGCUGAUUUUUAUAUUUGAAAAUAAUAUCUACUACCGCUCCACCAUCGAAAGCCGAACCAUUCGUCUGGUUUCCACCGGCAAAGAAGGCGUUAUAUUUAAUGGCCUCAGUGAUUGGCUGUAUGAGGAGAUGAUCUUCCAGUCCCAUGUGGCUCACUGGUGGUCUCCUGACGGGUCUCGUCUGGCAUUCACAUCCAUCAACGACACGCUGGUGCCCAAGAUGGAGUUGCAGAUGUUCACAGGGUCACCGUACCCCACGAGCCGGCCGUACCGUUACCCCAAAGCUGGAGAGGAGAACCCUGUGAUCUCUCUGUAUGUGGUGAACCUGAACGGCCCGUUACACACCAUCCAGAUGAAGAGACCAGACGACCCCGUGAUGCGAGAGUUUUACAUAACGAUGGUGAAAUGGGCCACAAGCACCAAGCUGGCAGUGAGGUGGUUAAACCGAGCGCAGAACGUCUCCAUUCUGAGUCUGUGUGAAGCCACGACGGGAGUCUGUACCAAGAGACAUGAGGAACAGAGUGAGACCUGGCUGGACAGACAGAAUGAAGCUCCACUUUUCUCCAAAGAUGGUAUGAAGCUCUUCUUUACAUCUGCUGUCCCUCACGGAGGGCGGGGCGAAUUCUUCCAUGUAUCCAUGGUAACAUCACAGCCCAACAGCACCUCAGACGUCCUGCAGUCCAUCACAUCAGGCAUCUGGGACGUUACACACCUUCUGGCCUACAGCGAAGACUCACAGCUAAUAUACUACGUGAGUACAGAAGAAGAUCCCAGAUGUCACCACCUGUACAGUGCGGAGACGGUCGCUCCCUUCACUCGCCGCUGUCUCUCCUGUGAAGUUACAGACGCCUGUGGGUACCUGAGCAGCUCCUUCAGUCACAACAUGGCCUUCUUCCUGCUCCACUGUAAAGGACCCAGUGUCCCGUUUGUGUCGAUCUACAGAACCAAGGACAGGCAGAAGGUAUUGGACAUCGAGCUGAACUUGAACCUCUGGAAGGCUGUAGACUCCAUGCAGAUGCCCAGAGUCGAGUACAGAAAGAUCGAGGUGGAGGAUUACACUCUGUCGCUAGAGGUCCUGAAACCUGCCGGCUUCAUUAACACGGAACAUUACCCUCUGCUGCUGCUCGUUGGUGGGACUCCAGGAGGACAUUCAAUGAUAGAGCAGUUCCAUGUAGACUGGGCCACUGUGUUGGUCAGCAGUUUGGGCGUGAUCGUGGUACGCUGUGGUGGGCGUAGCGGUGCCUCUCAGGGCUCCGAGUUCAUCCACACACUUGACAAGGAGGAUCAGCUGAAGGCUCUCAGCAUUUUAGCGAAAGAAACAUACAUCGACAAUAGCAGAAUCUGCGCUUUUGGACAGGCGUAUGGAGGACACAUCACCAGCCUUCUGUUCAGCUCUGAGGCCUCCAUACUGAAGUGUGGAGCUGUUCUCUCACCCAUCACCGACUUCCAACUCUACGCAUCAUUUUUUUCGGAGCGAUACUUUGGCCUUCCUUAUCCAGGACAUCGGGGGUACAAGAUGCUGAACUUCACACACCGAGCAUCUCAGUUAGCUGAUAAGAAGUUCCUGAUUGUUCACCCGACUGCAGAUGAAAAAGUUCAUUUUCAGCACACGGCUAAAUUCAUCUCGGGGUUAAUCAGUGGGAAGGUGAACUACAGUCUCCAGAUUUAUCCAGAUGAAGGUCACUUCCUGCACAGCGAGGCGGUGAGGCGGCACCUCGCUCAGUCGCUGGUCCGCUUUUUCGAAGAGUGCUUCAGACGAUCAGACGACAUGAUCGAAGAGGAAAAAAAUGAAGGCUAGGGUUAGCGUCCUCUGGAUGUUCAGGGACAGAGGACAUCAUCAUCAUCAUCAUCGUCGUCAUUUAUCCUGCUGUACAGAGAAUUUCCCUCGGUCCCUUUGUCCCCUGCUGCUCCUGUCUUUCUAUUAUGUCUGGACCAACAGCGGCUUUGCUAACUCUAAACGACUGAGGUCAAAAUAAAUGAACGGUCUGUCCAUCACUUUGAUUGACAGGUUACUCUGAUUACCUGACUGCUGGCAGCAAGGAAGAUGACCAAACCCACCCCCUGAAACGGUGUUCAGACUAUAAUCAGGACAGCAUUUCUAGCAGACGUUGUGUAGACUGAGUGGAUCCGCUCUGUUCAUCCUGCAGCGCUGGGACUUUUUUUCUUUUCCUUUUUUUGAAAUGAUGGAUUUGACUUGAGGUUGGUUUGUGGUCAUGGUUGUAAGUUCUUAUAUCUUACUGUGUUUGUGUCUGUUGCUCUGAUGUAAAGUAACAAAUGGAAUUUAAAUCAACUUGGGUAUUGAUAAACAAACAAAA